UUAUUUCAGUGAUUCUCUGUUUUCGUUUGGGCUUUGAUGGCAUUUAGCUCAUCUUGCUCUUUUAGUAUUGGAUUUGGUGGCAUUUCAUGUCCUAGAGCAAGCCCUAGAAAAGCUCGUCACUGUUUAAGACAUGGUCAGUUGGGUUUAGCUUUCUCUGCUGAGCGUGAGGAAUCUCGGAGACCCUCCUCGAUUCGCAUUUCGGCGGAUUCAACGCAGAAAGCCCGGUUCGUUGCUCGGCGAAAAGAGUCCGUUACAGUCCGGCAGCUCGAACGACCUCUAAUUGAGUAUAUGAGGUUGCCGGCGAGUCAGUACUCGGUGUUGGAUGCGGAGCGAAUUGAGAGGGUGGAUGAGAACACGUUUAGGUGUUACAUUUAUAGGAUUAAGUUCUUUGCUUUUGAGGUUUGCCCUGUUUUGCUUGUUAGAGUGGAAGAGCAGCCUAAUGGGUGUUGCAUUAGGCUCUUGUCUUGCAAGCUCGAGGGGUCUCCAAUGGUUGCUGCGCAGAAUGACAAAUUUGAGGCUUCUAUGGUGAACCAAGUUUCAUGUGGGAGCAACCAAAGCAACUCAUUUGUGCAACAACUGACCUCAGAUACUGUCAUCGAGGUUGGCAUUGAGAUUCCUUCUGCAUUUAGUCUAAUUCCAGUGCAAGCAAUUGAAUCAACUGGUACCCAAGUCCUUGAACAAGUACUGAGGAUUAUGCUUCCCCGAUUUACAGCACAGCUUGUGAAGGACUAUCAAGCAUGGGCUUCUGGUGAUACUUCAAGGCAGCCUCUUGGGACAGGUGAAAUAUGAGAUUGUGGAUAACAGCACUUGCCACUGUACUGGCUUUUUCUUGACGUGCUUAUUAUAUAUUUUUACUGUAUACCGUUUCACUGUUUCAUAGAUUGUAGUAUUGUUAAAAUUUAUUUAGGAAAUGAUUUAUUUAACUUGUUGCUAUUGAUUGUUACAAUUUCAUCUUGUGAAUAACUUUUCCUUGGACUUA